UACGUCAUUCUGAUUGACAUAACGCACGCACGGCGAUAGUCUUUCUUCUUUCCUUUUAUUACUACCAUCGUUCUCCAAUCUUUCUCACCACUCCACGGACCGAGAAAAUAUGGCGCAGCAGUUUGUUCAAACCAAGAUUAAAGGAGACAAAGUGGUGCUGUUCAUCAAGCCCACGUGCUCGUUCUGCAUUAAGGCUAAAGACGUUUUGUCCAAAUACAAAUUCAAGCCUGGACAUCUGGAGUUCAUCGACAUCAGUGGACGAGGUGACAUGGACAAAAUGCAAGACUACUUCCUGGAGCUCACCGGAGCCCGCACGGUCCCCCGGGUGUUCAUUGGUGAGGAGUGUGUUGGAGGCGGUAGUGAUGUAGAAGCACUACACAAGAGUGGCAAGCUAGAGACCAUGCUGCAGUCUAUCGGAGCUCUGCAGUAGUGAUCCUACUGCAGACCCUCAGGUUGGCAUCCAGUUGGGGUCACAUGACUAUACAGCGGGACUUCCGUAGCUUGCGCCGCCGCUGCUGGUACUCGCUGAGCUCCUGCAGGUAGCCUCUAGACGGCCAGCGCAGCCUCUCCACCUGCUCCCGCUCCUCCUCUAGAACAACACGAAAAACACACAUCACAACUGUGCUCUGCUGCUAACACAACAAUGGGAAGUUUUGCUGAUAUAACCAUAUUAAGAUUUAUUGCACUUGGCACAUGGUCACACCAACACUCACGCAGCAGUAACCCCCGGGGGUUAUUGCUGUGGACGCAGCCAACAAGGCUGAAAUAUCUGAUAAGAUUUUGUUUACAUUGCCAAGCAGAAGGCGACCAAUGAUUAUGUGCUGUACAUUUACUCUGGCCUUUGACUUCACUUCUGCCCUUCAGUACCCGUCCAGUGACCCAUAAUAAUUCUUGUCUUUAUGACUAAUGAUGUCAAUAAAAAACAUGCUACUGCUUGUAACCACA